AUGGCUAGUGGCAAGACUGGCAAUAAGGGCUGGAACGACCCACCAUCUAUUGGUGGUAUGACUGGACCCUCCUCUGUUUCCCCUGACCCCGCACUGGCCGGCAAUAGCGGCACGCAAGGCGGUGAUGUGCCAGCAGCCUCUACGGAUCCGCAAGGAGUUCAAGAUACGUCCAUGUUGCUAGCCAACCGUAAUUUCAUUGCCGAGCAAGUGAAGAUGUGGCAGGAGCGCUGCACGCCAGGGCUGCCGGCCAGACACGCAGCGGACAUGGACCGGCAUCUGACGGCAAUGCUUGGUGACCUGGAAGGUGGUCGGCUGUCGGCCGCACUGGAGGGGUGCCUGCAUAGGCUUCUCUCACUGCUGACCGAGGGUGACCGGGCUCAAGUUCACGAUGCACAGUCGGUGAUCAUCCUGAACCAUGCCAGUGAGAUCUCUUCCUGGAUGCUCGGCAUCAAACGAUUGGUUCAUGAGGCCUGCAAGCAAGCCAGCUAG